GUCAGUCUUAGCAAAACAAGCCGGAUAAAACGUGUUUUGAAAUAUCCGAAAAAAUAUUAAAAUCAGUAUAAAAACAAAAUGGUAAACUUUGUGCACCCCGAGGAAAUGUAUCUCUUUGUGGAGAGCAUUCGUCCAUUUGAGGUGCGUGAGGUGGGCAGCCCGAAGUGGCUGGAGGUGCACGAGAUGAUCCUCGGGCUGAGCCAGCAGGCCGCCUUGGAGCUGUCCCAGAAUCGCGAGGAGGAGGUGAAGGAGUUCCUCAUCUCGCGCGACAAGCUACGCGUGCUGAUCCACGAAGCCUAUUGCGUAACGUUGUGGAAGACGCGUGUUCUGCCGCAUCUGCUGGAGAUUGAUCCCAAUCCGCAGGCCACGUUCCUUAUCUACACGGUGCUAUAUCACGAGGCUGCUUUGGUAGCGCUUCUGGAUGUGUGCCUCUACCAUCCGAGUGGCUGUGAGACGCUGCAGGAGUCCGUGCUGGAUUUGAUUGACUAUUGCGCCCAGGCCAUUUCCCAGGUCAUUGGCUUGGUUAGCAUGGGUUACCACGAGAACGAGACAAAGCUGGACGUGGAUGAGGCAGUGCUCACGGAGCUGGAGCGCCAGAAGCGCGACUUUAUCUAUAAGAUUGGACUGCGCUGCAUCUCAGUGCUGAACUACAUAGCAGAUAAUGUGACAUUGUUUCAUCUAAGCGCCGCACGCCGUUUGCUGGUGACCCAUGACAUUCCGUGGCUCAUGGCAGAUGUGCUUAGCUUCCGUCCGUGGCAGAGAAAGACCAGCAAGGGCAUUCAGAAGUUCAUCGACGAGAAGUGGACCAAUGUGGACGACGUCACCAAGAUUGUCAAGCCAGAGGCGCAGGCCUGGUUUUGUGUGCGUCAGCUGCUCCUUAAUCCUCAGAUCAUGGAGAACUAUGCUUUCAACGAGGCACGCUGCAAGCAGUUACACAAGCUUUUGGGUCUCAUGCACGAGCCGUUGCUGGACCAGCUGCCGCCACUUAUAGAGCUAAAGGUGUUCCUCAGCCGCCUGACGCUCAGCGGCAAUACGGCCAAGACACAGCCGCUCUUGCUGGAGGACAUUCCGCAGAUCCAGGAGGAACUGCUCAAGGAUGUCGAGGAAAAUGGCGGCUUCUAUCAGAUUGCCCAGGAUCAGGACUCGGUUUUCCUUAGCAAGAACAAGGAAAACAUCUGCGCUUUGGCCACUCGCCUCAGCAAAGCCUACGGCACGGACUUGCUCUGUGAACUGGAGCAGAAUAUGGAUGAUCUCAAGAUGGGCGAAGCAAAGGAUGCCGGCGCUGGUGGCGAUGGAGAUACGGACCAUACUUGCGCCACUUGCCAGGCGAAGGCCAAAAAGAAGUGUGCCUGCUGCAAGAAGGUGCACUACUGCUCCCGUGAUUGUCAGCUCAAGGAUUGGCCACAGCACAAGCUCGUCUGCCUUAAAACUUAAUUGUGACCCAGCGUCUAGUAUACAAAAUAAUUUUUUCAAUAUAAUAGAACAUUCCAAAAAUGU